AUGACCAAGACGCUCCUUGCCCUCAGUCUCAUGGGACUCGCGUCGGCCUUCCCGCCGCAGCCAGCCUGGCCCGCGACAACGCAGGCCAAAGGCUUCCGGCUCGUGGUCAACGUCACGGAUCUCUCGCGCGACCUCAGCCCCCCAAUCCACGGAACCUACGUCACGGGCGCGCACUACGGCGUGCAGACGGAUGCCGUCGUCGCCGGCGAGGAGCACCGAUACGGCCGCAUCUUCUUCGUCAACGGGACCGCGAAGGAAGCCUCGGCCGACAACGCCACCACCAUCUGGACCGACUGGGACACCUACAAGAGCUGGCGGAUCGACCGGGCGCCCGCGGCACCAGGCACGCUCUCCGAGGUCACCAUGUCAGGCGGCCGCGGCGACAGAGGCAUCGGCGUCACGCACUACGAGGGCCCGCUCGCCUUCCUCACGCCGGAGACGUACGCCGUCUGCCCCGACGCCCUGCCCGUCGGAGGCACCCAGCGCGUCAUCAGACACGCCGACGCCGGGACGACUCGCCCGGAGGAUCCCUCGCCCGGCAGCCACGUCCCGAGGGGCUGCGCGCCCGUCCGCCUCCUCCCCGAGUGCGCCGAUCUGCUGCCCCUCUCUCCGCGUGGCGGCUCGCCAAUCGACUACCGGUUUGCAGUCCGGUCCGCGUGCUACAAGAACGCGACGGGCAUUGAUUGGACCAAGUACCGGCUUUGA